AUGAGGGCCUUUGCGCGAGGCGCGACUCGACUUCGAAGCACAUCGCUGAGUGCCGUUCCACCACCACAACACUCAUCCGACUAUAUCCAUGACUACGCAGAGACUGCUGCCUCGAUCCUCUAUCGCUCUCCGCUACCAUCCGAGUCUGGACUCCCCGUAUACAUUCUCAAUGCCGCCGCCUUUCCCGACGCUUUCGAAGUAGACUACGAUGCCCUUCUACCCUAUGUUCUGGCCAGACUACCCGGAGAGGAAGAGUUGAUUGCAGGAGAGGAGUACGAGGUCGUCUUCUUUGCCGGUGGACAACCAGAAAGUGCUACGUUGGAAAAGAAAAAUGGCCCGGGUAUGGGAUGGUACCUGCAGGCAUACCACGUGCUCAGCAGGGCGGUUCGCAAAAGACUACAAAAACUCUAUGUUGUACACGAGCGCAGCUGGGUGCGCGUGCUCAUUGAGGUCUUUGGCACUAUAGUCUCGCCAAAGUUCCGCAAGAAGAUCGUCCAUGUCUCGACCCUGUCGUCUCUGGCUCUGCACAUCCCCAUCGAGAAGCUGCUCAUCCCGCCGAACGUCUACCUCCAUGACCGCCGUCUCUCGCCUGACAUCCAUUCUCCGCAUGUCAGCGGUCGUAGAGCUUUCUGCGCCAAUGAUUCCAUGCCGCGCAAUCUGUACGGCCAAAGACGUCUACCUCGCGUGCUGAGGGAAACUACCCUCUUCCUCUGUCAAAGUGAAAACAUAAAGACCGAGGGUAUCUUUCGCAUCCCCCCUCAGUCUAUUCUCGUUGGUAUACUGAAGGAAGCCUAUGAUCGCGGUCAGCAAUUUAUCGUCUGGAAGGAGGGCACCGUCUCUUACACCCAACCCGAUAUGGACCACGACACUCUGAGACACGUUCAUCAGUCCGACGCAUAUGGUGUGCAUCUGGCAGCUGGUCUCAUCAAGCUUUGGUAUCGCGAGUUGAAAACUCCCGUCUUCCACGAGUCCUGUUACGAUGAGCUGAGAUACAAGUUCGGCAGUCCCGACUGUAGCAUCGACUUGGAUGACCUGACUGAGAUGCUCUCCCCUACCUCUAGUACCUCAUGUCUGUCUCAAACAGCAAGGCUGGUAUUGAUACUCCAUCUCCUCCCUCUACUCUCUCUCGUCACGAGCUAUUCAUCUACCAACAAGAUGACGCCCGGCAAUCUAGCAAUCUGUUUCUCUCCCGCCCUUGUAUGUGGCUCGGAUCAAUUGGCUGAUGCGAAAAUGACAUCCAUCGUUCGCCGGGUACUCGAGUCUGCAGUCAAAUACUGGCCGAACGGUUUGCGUGAUGCUUGUCUGACCGCCCCUGACUCAUUUGCUGCUGCACUGAGACCGCCACCAGCUGCUCAAGAUUACGAAGACCCCUUAGAGGAGAAUUACAGAGAUACCUCGCAGGACUCUGAAGAAUCCUCACACAGAAUUGUCCUCCAGGAUGAUGAAUCUGAAAAACCGCCUCUUCCGCCACGCCCUUCCUCAAAGACAAGACAGCGCGCAGAGUCUACAUCGGCAUUUCCUGCACGAUCUGAUAGUCUGGCUUCGCCUGUCAAGCGCAAGCCCGCACCCAUAGGUGCUGCCCCUCCUCCAUACGCCACAUUCCCUAGAACCACCACCAGAGAGCAAUCUGCAGGCUUGAUAAACUCCAUGGACGGUUUCGUUGCUGAUAUGAAAGCUGCUGUGCCGCACAACGAGUCGCCCCCUAGUGUACCACCAAAGCCAAGUCCACCUCAGCCAGCACCUCCUGCGAAAAACGACCUUAUGCAAGAACUGAAGAAUUCAUUGGCAACAGACAUCGUAAAGCGAAAGCCAGUCUCUUCCACAGUAUCCCCAGGCUCACCGACAAGCAACAAGCCAGCAAACAUACAACCUCAACGCUCAGUCUCCGCCCGCAUCCCCUCACCACCAAAGCGCGACGACACCACAUUCGUCAAACCAACCUGGGCAGCCUCGUCACGCACAACAUCCCGCAACCCAUCCCUCUCCGUCCCCACUGCCCCACCCUCUUACGCACCACGACCCAGAACCCCAUCCCCAGGCCUUUUGAAAAGAAUGGCCUCCAUAGAAUCUCUGCACAGUACAGCUAUUGCUCAAACCCCGGAUCCGAAUAGAAUCGCGCCGGUGGUUGAGAAGAUUGGCUUGCGCAAGAGUUCUGUGGAUGAUCUUAAGAGGAUUUAUGAGGAGAGGGCUUCUGCUACUAUUGGGCUUGCUAGGGCUGCUAGCGGGAGUGGUAGUGGUAAUCAGAGGACGUCGAGUGCUGGGUUGAGUAGGAGGACGUCUGAUGCUGGUGUUUAG